GAACAUGAUGCGCUCCUGAACGGUAUUCGAGAUAGUGUGGAUUUAGUAUCCAUUAAGGGCACUGCACUUUGGCAUUUUGAAGACAUGGGACAGACUUGCACACUUACUUCCUGUCGCGCGCACGCGCACUCAAGUAACCAAGACCGCAAUUAAGUGUGGGUAACUGGACAAAACCAGUGAGCGCCGAUGCUCCCUAGAAUUCCUAGAUUCCGCAAUCAGUGCCCUGACUACUGAACAAGGAGCUGAUUGAGCCGCAGUCACUACAAAGCAAGAAUCUCCAUUAGUGAAUCUAAUAUCUACUUCUCCGAUCUGUGAGUCAAAGUGAAACCAGCUUCUGUAUACAGAGAUGUGGUUUGAUCUGUAGCGUGAAGAAGAAAAAAAACAGCUUCUGCAUGACUAGCUAUAUUCAAACCUGUGUUUUUGUGAGUGUGAUCUGCUGCUGGCAUCAUAAAACAUCUUAGUUAAACUCCUAAAACCAUUUUACACGUUCAAGAGCAAAACAUUAAAUAAACAAUCAAAUAUUUGCAAUUAAUUGUAGCAAAAUUAAUAUACAACAGACUAUCUAUAACCAAUGCAUGCAAGACCAGUGUAUAGGCUACAUGUGUAGUGAGUGGGUGGUGGUCAAAUAGCCUAUUAUUGGUGGAUGAAUCACAAGCAACACUAGCUAUACUGCAGUUUAACACUGUCCUGUGAGUUCACAAUCUCUCAUAUAGGCUACGUGUUCAGAUACUUCAAGUGCUCUUAUCUGAAAAUGGUUCAUAUGUUUGUUUUGUUCUGCUUGUGGCACCUGGUUGGUGUGUUUGCUGAUACAGAUGCAGUGGAGUCAGUGUCAGUGCUGGAGGGAGAUUCAGUCGCUCUAAACUCUGGUUUUACUGAAAUGAUGGAUGAUGAUAUGAUUCUGUGGAGGUUUGGAGCUGAAAACACUUUAAUAGCUAAAAUCAAUGUAAUGGCCGGCAGCAUGACUGUAUUUGAUGAUGUUCUUGAUGAGAGAUUCAGAGACAGACUGAAGCUGGACGAUCAAACUGGAUCUCUGAUCAUCACAAACACCAGAACUGAACACACUGGACUCUAUCAACUACAGACCAACAGUGUGAGCAAGAGCUUCAGUCUCACUGUCUAUGCUCGUCUGCCUGUUCCUGUCAUCAGCAGAGACUGUUCUUCAUCAUCAUCAUCAUCAUAUUGUUCAUUGUUGUGUUCAGUGGUGAAUGUGAGUCAUGUGACUCUCUCCUGGUACAAAGGACACAGUUUAUUGUCCAGCAUCAGUGCGUCUGAUCUCAGCAUCAGUCUCUCUCUACCUCUGGAGGUGGAAUAUCAGGAUAACAACACCUACAGCUGUGUGCUCAACAGUCCCAUCAGCAACCAGACCAGACACCUGGACAUCAGUCAACUCUGUCACACAUGUUCAGAAGUCCACAUGCAUGGCUGUGAUUCUGCUGAAGCUGUGAUCCGAUUGGUCGUCACUGCUCUGAUGGGCGUGGCUUCUGCAGCUGCUGCUGUUCUUCUGGUGAAUGACGUCAGAUCUACAAGAGCUUAAAAGAAAACAGAACAGAUAUCAUACAUAUUCUGACAUGUAUCAUAGUUUUAAUUGUAAAGAUGAAGAUACGUGUGGUCUAGAAGUGUUUAGUGAUGGUGAAACAAAACUUUUCUUACCAAGGUUUUCCACUGAAUUGGAUCAGAAAAGGUUCAUUACCUGGAUCUGGUGUAUUAGGAGUCAUCUGGUGGCCAAAGCAAUGAACAUUAUUUAAUCUUUCAUUUUAUUUAAUACUAUGGAAGUAUGGGGUACAUUUCUUUAUUUACACAGUUUUCAUUAAUGUUUAUUAAUUUAUGUAAUGUUGUUUUCAUUUUGUUUUAUAAUUGUUUGCAGCAACCAUGAAAAUACAAAUGUAAUAUUUGUCACACCAA